AGGUAGGAUUAGCAUAUAUGUACUCAGUCUUUCUGGGCACUGCAAUGUCAGCUGUAACUCAUGUUGCAUUACAUGGUCACAUUCAAUUUAGCCUAAUGACUUUGCGUACUUGCUUGAAGGACUGGAAGGAGUUCGGUAUCAAGGGUAGGUAUAAAUAGGGAUUAUGAUCAUAGGCAGUUGACCGUCAAUAGGAUAUCCAGAAGAGAAAAUUCCGACUAUAUUCAAAAGAUCCUACAGCCUGUCUGAAUAGAUUGGCCUGCGCUAAGAUGGCUUCACUUUUCAAGAAUCUCCUCUUCACCACAGCAAUCGUUGCACCAACAGCCCUCGUCUCCGCCUAUAGCGUCACGUACGAGGGCUACUACCAACCGAACUGCGGUUUCGAAGUAAACUACGGCAACUUCAGCGCACCCUACAAUUGCUGGGGAUUCGAGAUAUGGCCUGUUAGCAGCUACAAACUUUAUUCUGAGGGCCCAGUUGACUGUCCCGAGGGUACAUCGCUACAGAUCACGUUUUAUGCACAACAGGCUGGUGAUCAAUAUCAUUGUGGGAUAGAUCCGUUGCUUGUUUUGCCUAUCGGGGAAAGUCAGGAUUGUGUAGAAGGGUUGAAUAUUUCACCGGCGAUUGCGGAGGUGACAUGUGCUUAGAUUUUUGAUCAUAUAUUCGAACGAGCCUAUAAGUAGGUUGGUAGACUAUAGGAAAAGGAUUUUUUGUAUGGGUCCAAAGGAGAAUGCGGGGACCGCUAAAAAAAAAAUUUAGGCGUUAAAUUAGACCUCAAAUCAUACCCAUCACAUUCCC